UAAAUAAUUUUCCUCUAUGCGACUAGUGGACUCUCAAACUAAAAACUGUCGACUAUGAACUUUGUGUAACAAUAACUCGGCGUCACAUGACUGAUAACAGCUGUGGAAGAUAAACAGACUUUAUAUGUGAGCUGCACGAGGAGGAGGAAGUACUGUGAAACUAUCAGAGACACACGAGGAGCGACGGUUCAAUGCUCUCCGGUUUUGUAUCUUUUUCUCUAUUUGAACCAAAACAUUUCACAGCUGUCAACACACGCAGCUUCCCGUCAGGUGCUGUUGUAACUCCUCACUCCUCUUUCGUUUUCAACAGGCGCAUAUUUGAGCAUUUUGCGCCACCUUGCGAGUGAACCGCUCCCUCUGUCACACCACACGUCUCUGUCACAAGAUGGUGUCAGUAAUUGUCACUCUCCGACAGCACACCGACGAGGUCAGCUGCUGUGCCUUCUCUCCAUCCCUCCUGGCCUCCUCCUCCGGGGAUAAAACCCUGCGCCUUUAUAACACCACAGACUUCUCGGAGCUCCCUUUCUCCCCUCUCUCGGGUCACGGCUACGGGGUUCACUGCUGCUGCUUCAGCUCGUGUGGCAGCUACCUGCUCAGCUGCUCCACGGACGGGUCCGCCAUCGCGUGGAGCUCGGAGACAGGUGAGGUGCUCGCGGUGCUGCAGCACCCGGGCCGCGCUCCGCUCCGAGCGUGCGCACUGGCGCCGGACUCCUCCCUCCUGCUGGCAGGGGCCUGUGAUGGCACCGUGGCCCUCUGGGACUUCCCAUCCAGGACACUGCGCAGAUGCGGUGCAGUGAGCGAGGACAGUGUCGUGGCCUGCUGCUUCUCUCCCUGCAGCCAGAUGUUUGUGACCGGCUGCACCCACGGAGACCUCAAGCUCUGGGAUACGGACAUCAGUGUCCUGCAUGCUGAGAAGGACGCCCACGACCUGGGAGUCGCCUGCUGCAAGUUCGCCCCGCAGUUUAAUCCUGUGUCAUGAAGCUGCUUCACACUCUCACCAGCCAGUCGGCUCCAGUUCUGUCUUGUGCCUUCUCCUCUGACGGAGAGCUGGUUGUCUCGGGUUCAGUGGAUAAAACUGUCGCAUUAUAUGAUGCGAACCUGGGAACCCUGCUCUACACUCUGAAACAGCACGAAAGGUAUGUGACUGCCGUUGCUCUGUCUCCCACCAUGCCGUGGAUUGCAACCGGCUCCAUGGACAGAACGGUGAACGUGUGGAGAAUAGGAGAUGGAGUCAGCAGAACUGGAGCUGAAUCAAGGCAGACAGAAUGCCAAGGAAGGAAGUUGCCGGGUCACUCCAGGCUGCUGGUUGCUGAUUGGUCGGAGGAGGAUGUGCAGACUUGGCUGUGUGAGGAAGGACUGCAGGAGCUCGUCAGCAUCUUUAAAGCCAACAACAUCGACGGAGCAGAGCUCAGCCAGCUGAGCAAGGAAACAGCCACAGAGCUGGGAAUUGAGUCUCUGGGCCUCCGCGGUCGUCUCCUGAGGAAAAUCGAGGCCCUGAAGGCGGAAGAGAGCGGUUCAGAGGCCCCAGAUGAGUUUCUGUGUCCAAUCACCAGAGAGCUGAUGAAGGAUCCAGUCAUUGCUGCAGAUGGAUAUUCUUAUGAGCGAGAAUCCAUCGAGAACUGGAUCAGGGGCAAAAGCAAAACCAGUCCCAUGACCAACCUGCCCCUGCAGACCACUCUUCUCACCCCCAAUAGAUCUCUGAAGACGGCAAUAACACGGUGGAAGUCAAGCCAGUAGACGGCAGCUCAUUUUAGCCUGUCAGAAUCCACAUUAACAGGUGUUAUAAACAGGAACUGCUCAUCUGGUAACGACUGCUCUUAUUAUCACAGGAAGCAUUAAUUACUAUUAAUAGAGUUUUCACUCAGAGUCAAAUUUGACUAAAUAAUCUGAUCAAGUCAACAGAUAAUUUGUUCAGUAAAUAUCAGCACACAUCACAAUACCUGCGUACAAGCCUGUAAGUUAAGUUAUUACACUGUAUAUUUGAAUAUAUUAUCUCUUAAAGCUACUCUACAAAACGACAUUUCAGCUUUUCAGUUAUUUCAAGGCUUUUAUCCCAAAUGUAAAAGCGAAGAGUACACACUGUUUACCUCGGCCAUUGUUCUGUUAUUACCGUUUGUGGCCACAAUGAUCGCUGUUCGGCUUUAGGUGCAUUACUAAUCUGUUGCGUUACUUUAGGUUUUUUGGCGGUGACCAACUGACCGUUUACUGAUUGCACUCAUGGUGAUUAUUUA